AUGUGGGUGGCUCUGCCUCUCUGCCUGCUGUCCGCUCUCCUGGCCACAGUGGAAAACUCCUUCUCCUACACGGGUAAAUCGUGCCUGGAGCCCAAGAACUGUGAGCCCGGCCCCUUCUCGCUGACCUACGCACACAAUGUCACCAUGCGGGUGAACAUCGCCUGCUGUGACACUGACGGCUGCAAUGCCGGGGCCAUCCCAGUGCCAACUGUGAGCUCCAUCCCCAACGGCCGGCAGUGCCUGUCGUUCUUCAAAAUCUGGGCAGAUGGCUGGCAGGAGAAGGAGAAGGAGCUCUUGGCCUGCACCGGCGCCGAGGACCAUUGUGUUGAGGAAUCUGGGAUAUUAACACUGGGUGGCAUCACCCUGACGAAGAUUACGGCUGGAUGUGUCUCCCCUGGCACCUGCGUGAAGAGAGUGGGGGAGAGGAAAUACGCCCAGGGCAUGGUGGAGAUGCUGAUCCGGGCCAACUGCUUCCGAGCUCCCAGGGCUGGCGUCCUCCCCUUCUGCUGCGUGCUGGGCUGCAGUGCACCUCCCUUCAGCCGCCACCGUCUGCUGCUUCUCUCUGGGGGGAUUGCGGGUUCCUUUUGUGCAUUGGCUGAAUAA